CUCAGAAAGGAAAAUGGCGUCUCUCGGACGGUUCUCUCAGUCGUUGCUGAGGUCUUCUUUGACCCAGACCCGGCGUCAGCUUUCUGCUACCGCCGGACACGGCGAGCAGUCAGCCAGGACAUGGAAGAUCCUCACUUUCACCGUUGCUGUACCUGGUGUUGCAGUGUGCAUGUUGAACAUGUACCUGAAAGAGCAGCAACACAGCCAUGAGCAGCCAGAAUUUAUUCCAUACUCCCACCUGCGCAUUCGCAGCAAGCGUUUCCCGUGGGGAGAUGGCACCAAAUCCCUUUUCCACAACCCCCACGUGAACGCCCUUCCUGACGGCUAUGAGGGUCACGACGAGUAAAACCUUAAUCCAGAACUCAUAACUGGCACAGGGACCAGUCCUCCCUCAGCAUUUGUUACUUGAUCACACUUCCAUUUAUUAACAGUUUACUCUUUGUUUUUGUUGCAUUUACCUCUGUGCUCUCAACACGGGGCACCCGAACCAACAGCUCUAUUACUCGGACCAUCUUGCAAAAUGUCAGACUGAAACUGAAUUAACAUAAAUAAAGUAACUCUUAUUACCUCA